GUUGAAUUAAAAUUAAUUAUGAGCGAAAUGAAUGAAGUGAAUUUAUCGUCAAUAGAUAGUGCUUUCUCAGGCUUCUAUUCAAAAGACCGUCCGUUGUUCACCUUAAACUUAAAUAUAAAAGAAUCCAAGGAUGAUUUUAAUUAUUUUAAUAGAAACAAGUUCAAGGAGUAUUCAUCAUAUUAUACAUAUGUAUUUAACAAAGUAUUAGAAGAUGAUACAGUUGUUUGGGAGGCUACAUGUACAUCUGAAUUUACCGGAUUUGUAUUGGUUUAUGAAGGUGAUGAGAAAUACAUCUUGAUAAUACCAUUCAAUGGAAAUUUGAUACUAUUCCGUAAACUAAAAGAUAACACGUGGGAGCGUAUUAAUACUGAAAUCAAUUUGAGUAAGCUGAAAUUGUAUAAACAAGAGGGUUACAAUCAUAUAUGGCAUGCUUGUUUUACAUUAGAAAAUUGCGAAGCUUCUAAUAGUCUUAGAGAUAUGGAUAUAUUAGAUCAUGACUAUUAUUACGAUCUUGAGAAGACUAAUUUUAAAGUCAUUUUCAAUAGGUUUUGCCAUGUCAUCUCGCAUGAAGAGAAGGAAAUUUGGAAACAAACCAAAGAUAAUGCUCACCACGGACAUCUUAUCUCUCUAAAUUUCGACCUGAUUUCAGGUUGUGUAACUAUUAAGUUCGUAGAUGGAACUGAUGAACCUCUUGAUCUGAAUGGACCAAGCAACAAACGACCAAGAGCUGAAGUUGAAUCAGUGAACCAACUUAAUGAGAAUUCUGAACCAAGUAAUGAAAAUGUAGAGGAUAAAUCAGUGUCACCUGAGGUUAUAACUUUAGAUAUUAAUACGAUGAUGUCGACAAACAAAUAUAAAACAUUUUGUAUGCCCAAUUACCAUUAUUUUAAAGCUAAUAAUGGUUUUGUGUUUGGGAAGAUAGUUUACCGUGAUAAAGUGAUUCUUGAUACAGACGAUCCCAGUAAGUAUGUUACAGAAUACAAGUGCCGUGUGGAGUUUGAUUGGAAACUUCAGAAACAUAUUGAAUAUUUCGAGUCUAUUAGACCUAAUAUUGAUAAGUUAAAACUUUAUACUAAAAAUGGUAUAGAGCUCAAUCCUGAUGACUAUAAAGUUGAAUCUACAACACAUUAUUAUCGUAUUGUCUUUAAUAAGAAGUUAUACAAGAUAAUAUAUGAUGACAAGGUCUACUGGCGGUAUGAUUAUUAUAAAUCCGAUAUUUUCCCAACCGGUAUAUACUUUUCAUACAUAAAUAGUAACAUGACAAUCAGUUUUCCUAAUGGAGUUUAUAGGGAUAUAAAAAUUAGGGUUGAUUUGUUGAAAAUGUAUAAACAAAAUAGGCAUGGUAAUAAGGUACAACUGGAUGAUGGAGAUUACGAAGUGAUUACACCAGACUAUGAUAAAAAAUCAUACAUUUUAAGAGAUUAUAUUAAAUGUACCGAGGUUCGGUUUGAUGACUAUAUCGUCUGGGAACACAAAUCUGGGAAAGAAUAUCCAAAAUCUAUAUGCUGUUACCAUCGCUUUGGCAGAGUUGAGAUCAGAUAUGAUUCAUAUGUAGCUUCAUUAGUUAGAUUUGGAUUUCAAAAUUAUUUCACCUGGUUUCUUUACUUACCGAAGGAUUUAAAAUUUUAUAAAGAGGACAAAAAUGGUAAUAGUGUGGAGUUGAGUGAAAACAAGUACAGAAUUGAAAUUACUGGUAUUUCAUCAAUUGCGUAUAUUCUUAAACCUGUUAAAUGUAACGAGAUAAGAUUAGGUGAUUCAACUGUCUGGAAACGUCAAAAUAAAAAGGCUUUUCCUAGAAAAAUAGUUUAUAAUCUUGAGGGACCCAGUAUUUCGUUGUACCGCAAACAUACUCGAUUUGGCGUUUAUGAAAAAAGAUUAUUUAAAUUCACAAGAUACAAAGGAAUAUGGAGACUUAUAUAUGACUAUUACAACAAAUCAUUACAAAAAUGACAGUAUUAACAUAAUUUUGUAUUAUAUGAAA